AUGAAGCCCUUUCGGCCUCUUACUCUAGCUCGCCCUCGCCCAGAGACUGGCGAGCCACCAAACAAGAAACGGAGAAUCUCGUCCAACGCGCUUUCCUCGAGCAAUCGUCAACCUAUCAACACGCUAAAUAACCCCGCGCCCGCGCAAUUCCUGCCUCCGGGUCUCGAUGGAAACUAUUACACGGUGUUGUGGCGGAAAUACACAACUAAAAAGAACAAGACGUGGGAUGGCGAUGGGGUGCUCGCUGUGACAGGUGGUUAUGCUACGCUCACGGAUAGCGAUACGGGAAAAGAGCUGGGCAAAGGAGUAUGCAAUCGACCGCUACUUCCAGGUUCGGCGCUAUCCAUUGGUGGCAAGGAGCUUGAGAUUGAAGGCUCCAUUGACAAGGCGGAUUACCUCGCUGGACGCACGUCCCUCGGAACUGCUGCAGCUGCGCCUUCAGAUCAGUCGAAGCGCGCCGAACUGGGAUACAAGCCUCUUUCAUCGGCCAAGUCCAAAGCGAACAAGAAAAACAACGCUGCUGAUGAUGGGGGGAAAGUACCAGACUACAAGCCAUCAGCCCAGCGCAAGCAGCCAUUCAAGGCCCCUCUGUUGUCAAACACCGUCAUGCCUCAACGAAACCCGUCGAUCCCGCAGCCACGCCACGACCCUCACGCGCCGAAUGCCCUGGUCAUGAAGCGACCCAAAUCUUGUCCGAGCGGAAAGCAGAUUGUUGACGUUGUUGUCGAUCCGGUCCUCAGCAAGCAUCUCCGCGAACAUCAACGCGAGGGUGUGCAGUUUCUAUACGAAUGCGUGAUGGGCAUGCGAUGCGAGGGCGAGGGAGCCAUCAUGGCUGACGAGAUGGGUUUGGGCAAGACACUGCAGACCAUCACGUUGCUCUGGACGUUGAUGAAACAAAACCCGAUACACGAUACCUCGCCGGUCAUCACCAAGGCUCUUAUUGUGUGCCCUGCUGGCCUUGUCGACAACUGGAAGCGAGAGUUCCGAAAAUGGCUAGGCAAUGAGAGAGUUGGUGUGUUCGUGCUAGACGGCAAGAACAAGAAGAUUACCAACUUCACAAUGGGCAAAGCCUAUAACAUCAUGAUCGUCGGAUACGAGAUGCUGCGUGUGGUACAAGAGGAGUUGAAGAAGGGCAGUGGUGUCGACAUUGUUAUUGCAGACGAAGGCCACAGGUUAAAAACGGCCAACAACAAAGCAAUGCUUGCCAUUCAGUCUCUUAACACUGAGCGGCGGAUCAUCCUAUCAGGUACACCUUUGCAGAACGAUCUCGGCGAGUUCUUCACCGCAAUUGACUUUGUCAACCCUGGUCUGCUUGGGCAACGAUCAGCAUUCAAGCGGUCGUUCGAAGUGCCCAUCAUGCGUAGCCGUCAGCCAGACGCGAGCGAAUCAGAGCUGGAAAAAGGAGAGGCACGAUGGAAGGAGCUCGUAUCUCUCACCAGUCAAUUCAUGAUCCGCCGAACAGCAGAGGUGCUUUCCAAGUAUCUCCCACCCAAGACUGAGCACAUCGUCUUUUGCAGGCCGACCAAAGGACAGGCCGAGGCGUAUCGUGCAAUACUAGGUUCGCCGACGUUUAGACUUGCGCUAGGAAGUACAGAUAUCGCACUACAGCUCAUCAAUGUACUAAAGAAGGUCUGCAACAGCCCGUCUUUACUCAAAUCGUCAAAGGAUAAUGAUGACACACCAUCGGAGAUGCUGCAAUCGCUUCUCCCACUCAUACCGAGUAAGAUCCUCAGCUCAAGUGCUUCGAGCGCGAAGCUGCGACUGCUCGACAGCCUGGUUCACCGAAUCUAUACCACCACAGAAGAGAAGAUCGUCAUUGUUUCGAACUACACUACAACAUUGGACAUGAUCGAGCGGCUUCUUGUCUCGUUGUCAUACACUUACCUCCGCCUUGACGGUAGUACACCGGCUUCCAAACGACAGGCACUUGUGGAGAAGUUCAACAAGACUCCAAAGACUACAUCCUUUGCCUUUCUUUUAUCUGCGAAAUCUGGUGGCGUAGGCCUCAAUCUUAUCGGUGCAUCGCGUAUCGUGCUCUUCGAUAUCGACUGGAACCCCGCUACAGAUUUACAAGCUAUGGCACGUAUUCACCGUGAUGGCCAGAAACUGCCAUGCAAGGUAUACAGGUUUCUCAUUCAAGGUGGUCUAGAUGAGAAGAUCUAUCAGCGCCAGGUCAUGAAGAUGGGUCUCGCAAAUGCCGUCGUGGACAACAAAGCCUCUGCAUCAUCUUUCUCGCAAGAAGAACUGCGUGACCUCUUCCGUCUCGAUGAACGUGAAGGUUGCCAGACACAUGACAUACUCGGCUGUACAUGUGAUUGCAAGGGCUCACCGGAAAUCAAAGCCGAAGAAGAGGAUGUAGCUUCCGAAGACGAUAUUGAAGACUCCGAGGAAGAUCGUUACCCUACCCUUAUGAAAGCAAGCCAGGUCAACAUUGAGGAGCAGGAAGCGAAGAUCAAGGCUAGGCGCGCGGCGAAGCUUCCUAAGCUCAGGAUGUUGAUGGAGUACCGACAUAUUGACACCAAGAUCCUCAGGGGGACGACGAAGAAUAAAGGAGACGAGAAUGAAGAGGAAGAGGUUCUAGACGACAUGGCGGUGGCUGUGGAUGAUGAUGUAUUCUUCGAUGUCCUGAAAGAAUCGGAGUGUAACGUCGGCUUCCUACUAACGAAGUCGACGUCUUAA